AUACAUAGAGUAUUCAUAUUUCAGACAUUCUUACACAUGUGAGAUACUCUGUGCAGCUUAGUUGUACAUGGUACGUGACUCUGUGCACGAAUUCUUUGUUUACGCAUACACAGUAGCCUUGCAACAGCUUUGGAGGUUGGCAGAAAUAUUUCAGCAAAAAUUCAAUUGUUAUACCAUUGUCCAUUUUCUGAACGAUUUAUUUGAUUUCGUUGUUAAUAACAUAUACAAGGAAUAUUUGUAUUGCAUCGUUUGUUUAGUUGUAGUAUGUAUAUAAUAGUUUAAGGCUUAAGGAUUACUAGUUUCGGCAGAAUUAUACGUACCGUGAGAAGCUGUCAAUUAGCGAGGAGUUUCAUCAAAUAUGGCUGCGCUACCAAGAAGGAUUAUCAAAGAAACACAAAGACUAAUGCAAGAGCCAGUUCCUGGCAUCAGUGCUGUACCAGAUGAUACAAAUGCUAGGUAUUUUCAUGUAAUAGUAACUGGACCUGAAGAUUCACCAUUUGAAGGUGGACUUUUUAAACUUGAGUUGUUCCUACCAGAAGACUAUCCAAUGUCUGCUCCUAAAGUUAGAUUCAUUACAAAAAUUUAUCAUCCAAAUAUAGACAGAUUGGGCAGGAUUUGUUUGGAUAUUCUUAAAGAUAAAUGGAGUCCUGCUCUUCAAAUCAGAACAGUUCUAUUAUCAAUACAAGCACUUUUAAGUGCACCAAAUCCAGAUGACCCUUUGGCAAAUGACGUCGCUGAACUCUGGAAAGUAAAUGAAAGCGAAGCAAUACGCAAUGCCAAAGAAUGGACUCGGAGAUAUGCUAUGGACAACUGAUCUUAGAUUUUCCAUGAUGCGAAGUGAUGUCACCCCUAUCUUUCCGAGUUUACCGAUCACUUUACCCGCACCAGCUGCGUACCCUGCACCUGUGUCCACAAUUUUGCUAUAAAAAUAAUAAAAGUUUUGUAAGAGUAAACAGAAUGAAACUGUAUUUUCUAUAUCGCGGGGAAUACAAAAAUGUGUUUAGAUUUCUUCAACGGUUUGUCGAACAGACUUGUCAAGAAUCUUCUAACGUUGAAAAAGUCAAUCGUAAGAAGGUUCCUAUUUCAGGAAGAAGGUAUAAUUUUAACGAAUUGCUAGUUUUUACUUAAAAAUAUACCUUUGUAGUAAAAAUAAGUGAAUGUAGCAUGUUGCGUAAAGAUUUUUUUUUUAAAUACGAUUACAAAAUGGCUUGUGCAAUCAGUAA